AUGAAUAGCGAUCAAACAGCAUCUUUGAACAGAAAGCGAUCAACUGAGCUUAAUUCCCCGGAAAUGAGUAAACAAUUUAUUGAUCAAAAGAGAUUGAAAGAGAACGAAUCUACCGCUGAAGGGCCAAAACUCACAGCGAAACAAAAGAAAAAAGCAACUCGAGCGCGGAAACUUGGUCUACCUUAUGCAAUUAAGGAGGAGGAUGUGAUCGUUUAUCCAAAAAUAUUUUUCAAACAAUUCAAUGAUUUUGCAACUAUGAAAGAUGUUCGUAAUAUGAUGUUGACUGCUCUAGAACCUAAAGGAAAGCAAGCUCGCUUAGCCGAAAUACCAGAUUUCCCAGGUGUUACACCUGUACGAAAGGCAAUCAUUAUAGAUGUACCUAUAUUGGAUCCUACUAGCUUACAAGUGCCCAUAAAUACUCGUUAUAUCUCGAAAGCAACAACUCCCGAUAUUUAUCAGCAAUUAAAAGCCAACCGAUUGCUCGCACAAUAUUUUCAGCAAAGACCUGACGACGACGAAAAUAACAUCUUCGGCAUCGUUUGUGCAGCGGGAUUCGAUCAGUAUAAACGUGUUCAUGACCGAUUUUGGGAUUUAUUGGAGGUCCCUUUAUCUAAAGGCGAACUCAAGAAAAAGCGGGAAGAAGAGGAUAAAGAGCCUGAUCCAAGUAAAGCCAUUCACCCUGAGGCUUUGAUCAUGACAAAAGAGUUACUGGUAGCAGAGGAUUUUCCUAUACAUAGCAGCAUGGAUGCAGACAGUGUUUUAGAAGAUGGCUGGGUUGAUACUUUACAAGGAAAAGGUUCAGAAACCAAGAGACUAGUUGCCCUAGAUUGCGAAAUGUGUAAAACUGUCAACGGUUAUGCUGUGACAAGAGUGGCACUUAUUGAUAGAGAAAAGAAGGUUUUGAUCAAUGAAUUGGUGAAGCCUACCGAAGAAAUUACGGAUUAUGUUACGCAUAUCAGCGGUGUAGAUGAGGCAUCACUAAAAAAUGUAAAAACUACUUUGGCCGAUAUGCAAAAAAAAUUACUCACCUUCAUUGACAGCGACACAAUACUUGUCGGCCAUGGGUUAGUCAACGAUUUGAAAUGCUUGAAAAUGCGACAUCCAUUCAUCAUUGAUACCUCAGUUAUAUAUCAUCAUAAAAAUGGUCCACCCUAUAAACCCUCCCUUCGAGACUUAACAACUCGAUAUCUCAAACGUACAAUUCAAGUGAGAGAUGAGGAUAAGCGCCCUGGAGACGUCAAAGGACAUGAUCCUUGUGAGGAUGCUAUAGCCAGUUUAGAGCUGUUAGAACGAAAACUUCGUUACGGUCUUAGUUAUGGCUUUACAGGACUGUCACAAGUAGAAACCAUUUUAGAUUAUCUACAUCGUGCAAAUCAACAUGGUGCAGUUAUAGAGCAUAAUGCAGAUUUGAGCGUAAUGAUGAAGUCCAAGCUGUCAGAAAACAAUAAAGAUUAUUAUUGUUCUGUGGAUAGUGAUGAAGCAGUUGCUGAGAAAACAAUUAUGUUGCAUAAAGACAGAGAAGUGAUUAUUGCACGAUUUGAUUUGCCGCAAGAGACAGAAGAGGAGAAGCAAUGCUUCUUUCUGAAACUAUUUGAGCAAAUUUACCACAAUAUGGAAGAUAAUACGGCAUAUUGCAUUACAACCGGAAAUAGGAAGGACAAGAAGCGUGAAGGGCUUCGCGAUAAGCGAGUGACAUACAAAAAGCGCUUAAAGAGGGACGGUUUGCAGGAUAUCCCAAUGGGAGAUCGCUGGACGUUAGAGGACGAGGAAGAAUUGAUGAAUAUCUCCGAAGCAACACGCCGUGGGCUUGUAUUUGCAUCGGUCAAAACACCAGUAGUAUAG